UACCUAUACAGAUACAUAUAUUUAUGUAUGUAUUUAAAAGAAUGUGAAAAAUGUGUUGCUUUUUGUUGGCACAAGAAAACGCAAAGAAAAAUCUUAAUUAUCCGGAAGUAGUGUUUUGAAAGAGUGCAAUUUUGUUUUACAGUAAUGACAUCUGUAAGAAUUACUGCUUAGAAAUGCCGUCUUUAGCUGCAAGAAAUUCUUCAACAAUAACAAAUGCAACUAUGACGACUAUGAGUAACAAUAGCGUGGAUGCUGCAACAUCAUCAACGUUGUCAUCGUCAUCGGCUUCAGCACCAUCGAUAGUAAAUGUGAUUGAGUCUGGAACUUGCACUUAUUCAACUGCCACUACAACCACAAAUGUUGUCUCAACAGCCUCUAGUUUAACUACUGCCCAGCAGCAGCAGCAACAAAAACAGCAGGAGGAUUAUUUACAGCAGCAGCAGCAACAUUAUCAACUACUGCAACAACAACAACAACUGCAACAACAUCAUCAUCAUCAAAAAUAUAAUUAUUAUCAUCCACCUCCUGCCGUGGGCCAUUCACUGCAUUAUACAAAUAAUAAUGGUGGAGCUGUUGUUGCGAAUAGUGCAGCUACUACAUCAUCGACAGUAGCAGCGGCAACAACGGGUUUAGCAACAUUUAACGGAAAUUCGAAUUUAGAAAAUGUUGCUGCCAAUGCAAAUGGCAACAACAAUAAUAACAAUUUUAACCCAAACUACAACAACGGUAAUUCUAGUAGCAGUAGUAGUAGCACGACAACAAAUGCCACUUGCAGCAGUAGCAGUAAUAGUAAAAUUAAUUCUACGCCACCGCCUGUUGCUGCUGCCCCGCUUGUUGUAACUGGAAAUUCUAUAAUUGGCCACAAAACGGAUACAGCCUCAGUUAGUUGUACUGCAAGCGGCAUAGUAGGCAUAGUUCCUACAUCCGCUUUCAAGAAUCAACCACAACAGCAGCAACAAUUACAUGCUUCCCGUGAGGACGUUACCUCUUUGGGUGGCUCCUCAUCUAUAAAUAGCCAAAUAUCAACGAAUAAUAAUAAUAAUAACAAUCCUCACAGCAACAUUAAAGCCACAACAACAUUAACAACAACAACAGUUAAUGGAGGUGGGAAUAGCAGCAACAACAACAAUCAUAAUCUCAAUAGUAUAUUAAAAGGAAGUAAAGAGAACCUUUUACAAAAUACUUACUGUAACGGCAGUGUAGGAGGAAGUACAACUGGUAGCGAAGGUAUUGGACCAGGCUCUUCAAAUAUACCAGAUCAUGAUGAUCCGGGGGAUGGUUUAGGGCCUCUACCACCUAAAUGGGAAACUGCCUACACCGAAAGAGGAGAAUUAUAUUUUAUAGAUCACAAUACCGGUACCUCACACUGGCUGGAUCCUCGACUUUCCAAAUAUCAAAAGAAAUCUUUGGAAGAAUGUGGAGAAGAUGAAUUACCCUAUGGAUGGGAGAAAAUUGAAGAUUCUCUAUAUGGUACAUACUACAUCGAUCAUGUCAAUAGAAAAACCCAAUAUGAAAAUCCAGUGUUAGAGGCUAAACGCAGAGCAGCCGAGCAAAAACAACAGCAACAGCAGCAUCAUCAUUCGCAUCCUCAUCAACACCAACAUCAACACCAAUUGCCACCACAACGUCCACAGACUCCGUCAUCAUCUAGUGUGUUGAAUGGUACAAACGCUAGUAUAGCUCUAAGUUCUGUUUCAUCGGCGUCCACCCUAUCCACGGUGGAUAUAUCACAGCGAGCCAUGCAGCCACCACCGCCCAUGGUCCAGGAACAAAAUGCCAAUAAACCGCCCUUAUUGCCGUACAAAUUUACACGUAAUCCAGCUGAAAUGCAAGGAGAACGUAUUACCGCAACGCUACUUAAGUCGGCCCGAGGUUUAGGCAUAACCAUAGUGGGUGGUGAUGAUGGGGUAGAGGAAUUUUUACAAAUAAAAUCAAUUGUACCAAAUGGGCCUGCAUGGCUGGAUGGUCAGCUGCAAAUGGGCGAUGUUUUGGUGUAUGUAAAUGAUACAUGUGUUUUGGGUUUUACACAUCAUGAAAUGGUAAAUGUCUUCCAGUCAAUUAUGCCGGGCGAAACUGUCACUCUAGAAGUAUGCCGUGGUUAUCCCCUGCCAUUCGAUCCAAAUGAUCCCAACACUGAAGUUGUAACUACGAUAGCUGUGGAUGGCAUCUCUGCCCAUGAGCCGGACAAACAACGACGCAUGCUUAUGGAUCUCAAUAUGGACGGAAAUUAUAAUUUCCUCGACAUAUCGGGUGCUAGUAGCAAUGGCGGCAACAAGCACAAUCUUAGCACGGGCAGUGCUAUUGACAACAGUGGUUUUAUAUUGAUGAAAAAACCCGAAGUCCAUACAUUUUCGAUAAUAAAAGGUGCCAUGGGUUUUGGUUUUACCAUAGCCGAUUCGUCUUAUGGGCAAAAAGUUAAAAAGAUAUUGGAUCGUGCUUGCUGCAAUCAAUUGCAGGAAGGUGAUAUAUUAUUGGAAAUCAACGAUAUUGUGGUACGAAACAAGUCUCAUGUAGAUGUCGUACAAAUACUCAAAGAUUGUUCCAAAACCGAGCCCACAAUGGUGAAAAUUCAAAGACCAGUGACAUCUUCGACAACAACGACAAACAGCACUUCGCCUAAUAGUGCUGGUCAGAGUGCAGCGGGGGGCAAUAAUACGGUGGCCAAGUUAAGAAAAAAUUUCCUGGGUGCCACCACAGGCGGUAUUGGCAACAAUGCGCUGUUCCGCAGCAAGACGCCCACAGCUGAUUUGUACAGUACUAUGCAGAAAGAAAUUCUACCUAUUAGACCAAAAACUCCACUAGUUGAUACGCGUAGAGCCAGAGUUAACACACCCAAUAUAGAGCUGAAUGAGGAUAGAGAAGUGGCAGCUGUAAAUACCAGUGCUGAGGAAACAGCUAUGGAACGCUCAUUAGCCGAAAGUAAAUCACAUUUAAAUGAGGGCAGUAAAUCGCAAAACUCUUUAUCCGAAAUUGAUGCCAUCAAUCAUGAUAUUCCCUUUAUGGAUCCAUAUCCAAAAAUGGUUACCAGCCUGAGUGAACGUUUGGCUGGAGUAUCCAUGCCCAGCGAGGCAUUGCACAAUAACGGCCAACAGGGACCGGGUGUGGGUGGUUAUUUGCGUACUACCGCCUCUGGAGUGCCGAACUAUGAGAAUCAGGGAGAUUAUGUAAGUGCCGGCAGUGGUAAUUAUAGUUCUAUCUAUGGCUUGGCACAAAUGCCACCCGUAAUGAGUCCCCUAAGUGGUGGCCUCUAUGGACCACCAGCAACGUCAUCGGCCACAACGGCGGGACUUAUGGCACCAGCUACCGGUUCUUACCACCAUCAUCAUGAGUCAUGCUUUUGCUAUGAAUGCCAAGAUUUUCGAAAUAAUCGUCUGAGAAAUUCCUCGACGGCACACAAUUUACAGCCGCCCACACAUGCACAACAGCAGCAACAACCCUCACCUAGAAGUUAUUAUCCAGUCUAUCAUCCACCACAACAUGGUCAUUCCCAAUACUCACCCGCCUCCUCAGCCAGUUUACAGGCGGCUCAUAUACAAAACGAACGCAUGCAAAAGAGAGUCAAUGAGCUGUUGAACGAUAGACGACGUGUUGGUUUCUCACCUCUAGAUCAUCAGCACCAUAAUCAAAUGCAAAUAAAUACCGGCAUUGGAAAUUCCACUGCUGUUGGAGGUGGUUAUUCACCUUCCCAGCAACAAUAUUUACAUCAACAUCCAAAUCAUGGUGGCUUAAUGAAUCAACCGCAGCCCCAACAUUCUCCAGCUCAACAACAGCUUGGCAACUGGCCAAACAAUGGUGCAGUUAACUUUAAUUCUAUACAACAAGCUGGCGGCUUAAUGCGUAAUGGCUUUCCCGAAUCAAGCGACAUUUUAGAUGGCUCUGGUGAACAGUUUGUUCUAUCAGAAGUGACAUUACAGCGUCAGGCAUUGGGAUUUGGCUUUAGAAUUGUUGGCGGCACUGAAGAGGGAUCUCAAGUUACGGUGGGUCAUAUUGUGCCUGGUGGUGCGGCCGAUAAUGAUCAUCGCAUAACGACAGGCGAUGAAAUACUCAGUAUUGAUGGUAUUAAUGUGGUCAAUUCAUCACACCACAAAGUAGUUUCCUUAAUGGGAGAAGCAGCUUUACGUGGUCAAGUGACAAUGAUUUUAAGACGACGAACGCGUCCCGGUAUGUCACAACAUCAAAUGCAACAGCUAACAAUGCCCCCGCAAUUGAUGGUGCAACAACAGUCCAUGUUAAAUAACCCUAAUAUGUCAGCAAACGGUGGCAUGCUACAACAUCCUUCACCUUUACAGCCAUUGUUGCGCAACAAUCCCGUACGUUAUCCUUACGAUGUCAUAGUGACCAGACAUGAAAAUGAAGGUUUUGGCUUUGUUAUCAUUUCAUCAUCUAAUCAAUUUUAUGGUUCUACAAUUGGCAAACUUAUACCUGGUAGCCCAGCAGAUCGUUGCGGCGAACUUAAAGUGGGUGAUCGUAUUAUUGCUGUAAAUCGCAUUGACAUAGCCGGCAUGUCACAUGGUGAUGUGGUUAAUUUAAUUAAAGAAUCUGGUCUACAUGUUCGUCUAACUAUUGGUUGUCCCAAAGAAGGAGCCAUCAUAAACGCUGCACCCACUAUGCCAGCAGGUAGUGGAAUUAAUGCUGCACCUGGUGUAGGUAUUAGCAGUGGAGGUUUACUAUUAAAUUCUGCUCAGGCUUCGCCCGGUCAAGUAUCACAGACACUAACUCCCACUCUGCAAACAAAUUUGGAUCCAUCAACUCAAUACUUUGAAAGGCCACUACUAAGUGGCGGUUCAAAUGCGGGCUCUGCUACAUCAUCAACAUCUCACCACCAGCAACCAGCUCAACAAUCACCAAAUCCCUUACCAGCACCACCACAAUUAUGACUUUGAGAUUUACGUAUAAAACUCUUAAAGAGUUUUCUUUAGUAAAUGUUCAACAACACAAAAUCCCCAACCCACCCAGCACCAACACCAACCCCUAGCCUUAUUGACACUUACCUACAAACCUACCUAUAUCUAACCCAUUGACCAUCAUUAGUUUUAACACAGUACAUAGUAUAUAAUAAAUGUAUAUACAAUUACUUUUAUUAAGAUCUUUUAUAAAUGUAUACAUAAGUAAUUUUAAAUACAUAUUUAAUGUUUUAUUGUAAUGUAUUUUUAACGUAUUUAAUCCAAUCCCUUACCCAAAGACUGAUGACUUUUAUAUGCACAUACAUGCUAUACUUACAUAUAGUAUAUUUACUUAAAUAGAAUGGCUCAAUUCAUGUUAAGAAAACUUAUCUUAAAAAAAUAAUAAAAAAUACU